UUCUCGGCACGCACGGCGGUCGAUGAGGGCAAGGUGAUUUGCUCAUGAAUACGCGACCGUCGAAAGAAUGUGUCGAUAGAUCGACGACCGACUGACUUCCUACAUCGGCCACGAUAUUUUCGAAAAGUGGCUUGCGAUCGCUCGAGAUACGUUAACCGUGUGAGAGGUUCGUAACUAUAGACGACACGCCGCAAACCAAAGUGAUCGGAAGGUAUCGGAAUCCUUUCAAUGAUGAAAUUAUUAGCAGGCGUGGAAGAGGUGAGCGACCAAAGUGAGAAGCAGUCGAACGACGAUCAACCCCAUAACAACAACCAUGAGAAACAGCCGAAAACGGAGAUCGUUCAAGAAACGGUCAAGCUGCUUACCGGCGAGGUGUAUCGUAAGUCCUCUAAAAAGUUGGAGGAUUCGCCUAUUAAAGGUAAAGUCACGCCAGAGGAUGAAGAGAAAAUGAGACGUCUUCUUCCUUACGAAAAAGCUCCCGAGUAUCUUCAGCACAAUCCUUAUAUUCUUCAGGGAUAUCGAGGGUACCUUACUACAAAAUUAUGUAUCGAAAGUAUAUUCUGGUGGACGAACGAAACGGUAAAUAUAUGGAGUCAUAUAUUUGGGUGGAUGUUAUUUCUUGGUUUGACCCUGUACGAUCUUUGUCUACUGAAUAUUCACGCACCCCUUGGUGACAAAGUGAUAGUAGCUCUCCUUCUGAUUUGUUUUCAGGCAUGCAUGAUAUUGUCCUCGGUGUAUCACACGUUUUCCUGUCGAAGUGAAAAAGAUUACUGGUGCUUUUUAUCCUUCGAUCUGUUUGGCAUCGCUCUGAGCCUCCUGUCUAUAUACAUGUCCGGAGUUUAUUACGCUUUUUGGUGUCACAAGGAGUUGCAGAGAUUUUACUUGAUAACCGUAUUAGCAAUUUUUAUAUUUGCAAUGAUUUUGCAAAUACCAAAGCUGAAUGUUAACGGAAACGUCAAGCUAGUCGUGUUUGUUGGUUGGGCAGCUUAUGGAGUGCUGCCAACGCUGCAUUGGAGUAUUGCUAUGGGUGGCAUGGACAACCCGAUCGUUAGAAUGUUACUUCCAAGGGUACUAGGAAUGUAUGUGAUUAGUGGUGCAGCAUUUGCUAUUUAUUUGAGCAAAAUACCGGAACGCUUUUGUCCAGGUUGGGUGGAUUAUAUUGGAUCUUCUCAUCAAUGGUGGCACGCGUUGGUAGUAUUGGCUCUUUACUAUUGGCACAAUACUGGAAUGCUUUACGUGGAAUACAGAAUGAACCAUGGUUGUCCAAGCAAUGUGAAAUUAUUAUGACAGACGGAGACUGACGAUCAUCCAGGCCAUGGUUUUAUUAUGGAAUGUGCUUGUGCAAUGGAAUUCAACGUUUGGUCGUCAGAAUAUUACAACAAAUUACCAUUUU